AUGGAAACAGCAAAACCCGCGUCUCCGAGCACGACCGACGUGUGGCCGAGCGCACGCUGCCGAGCGGGGCCGCGCCGCUGCCCGGGGGCUGCCCGGGGGCUGAGGGGAGCGGACUGCGGGGGCCGCGGGGGCCCUCGCCCUCCUCCCGGCCCCGGCUCCUCCGCCGCCGCCGCCGAGCGCGGACAACCAGAUUACCCGCGCCGUGCUGCGCCUUUCUGCUCCUCCGAGAGAGGGAAGGUGCUGUGUCGGAAUCUGGAGAAAACGCACACAGUUAGAGUGGAGCCCGCAGCACGGCCCGCUGAGGACACAAACAACAGCACUGCGAAAACACUUCCUACUCGCGGGCCGGCGGGAGAGAGAGCGGCGUACCUAUGUGCCCCCGCAGCUCCGAAACGGUGCCGCUCUGGGCCGGGGAAGCAGCCCUCCGCCCUGCGAGGAAGCACGAGGGAGCAUCGCUUGGAUCCGACAGCCGAGAGCGGGGAGCAGAGCCGCGGGGCGGGCAGGGCCGGUGGCACCGGCACGGGGACGUGGGCACCGCCUUUCGUUUCUCCACGUAGAAACCGCGCAGGGAAGGAACGGGCGUUGGUGGGCAGCGAGCGGCCGGGGGGAGGCACGCCGUUCUCCCGUACCGAUCGAAGGCGAACGCGUGCCCACGGAUUUGCACUUCAGCUCGGAGUCACGUUCAUUUGCAAGCCGCUCCGCUCGGCGCUGCCGCUCGCUCCCACCGCGCCCUUCCCCAGCCGCCAGCAGCCCCUGCCCGGAUUUUUCAGCCGCGCACGGAAAGGGUUAAGAGCCGUGAAGUUCACGAUCUGGGUGCGCUCCGCUAACGCGGAAUUGCGUGGAAGAAAACGGGCUCCGAGCACGCCGAGGUGCUGCAGGGCCACGGAAGCGGGGCAGGGGAGGGCGGCUGCUGCGCUGCCGGGAGCUGCGCUGCUCGGAAAAGCCCGGCUUUGCCACAUGUGGGGGACGUUUCCGAAGGCCCACGGGCUGGCCGAGGAGCCCUCUCCUUACCGUUCGGUCGUGCCAGCUCCGUUACGGGCACGGUGGGUCGGGUUUUUUUAAGCGAGUAAAGCCACGAAAUCAGGGUGUACACGUUGUAAGCACGCAGCGACUGAUACUUUUUAAAAUCGACGUCCGAACGUCAAAUGAAAUGGCACACAUAUUGCUGACAGCUUGUAGGAGAAAGAUUUUUUAUCACUUACCAUUUAUGAGCUGAUUGGAUGAGGAUGUCCAGUUUGGGUCAUCAUAUUUUACAACUUUUUUUUUCUCUCUUUCUUUUUUUUUCCCCUCCUCUCUCUCUACAUUUUUUUUUCCUUUUCCUUUUUUAUUUUUUCCCCCAUUUUUUUCCCCUUUUUUGUUCUGUUUCUGCGUUCUGAUUGUCAGACUGCGAACAUCACAACGUUCGAUCAAUUAAUCAUUUGUUUACAGGCACAACUA